AUGCAGUCCGCCCCUGCGCACGUGCAGAAGGACACAAUCCUGCACUUGACGUACUAUGAGAUUUUCUCCUGCGAUCCGGCGGCGCAGAGCAUAGACCUGGAUUCCGUGCAGCGCGCCUACCGCCGCUUCGCGCUUCUGUUCCACCCCGACAAGGAUCCCUCGCCGGCAGCGCGAGAGGCGUUUGAGCGGGUGAAGCUCGCCGCAGAGACCCUCACUGACCCGCUCAAACGCCGAGAAUACGACGAGGAUUUGCAGCAGGCCCAGCGGCGGCUGCACAGCGACACCACCACAGCGGUGCAGCAACAGAAGCGGGAAGAAAUGGAGGAAGAGGCACGCGUCGCCGAUAUGAUACUUAGGCAAAAGGAGGCUGAAACGGCAGCAAAGGCAGCGGCAACGCGCAAAGAGGAGGCAGAGAAAGAAGCAGCAGCAAGGCAGAUGCUGCACGAACUAACAGAGUCCUUGACAACUCCAUUUAAACAGAUGGAGGCUGUGCUGGUGCAUGAGUGGGACAUUGACGAGGAACUGCUACAGAUGAAAAAGAAGGAGGUCGAAUCUCUCCUUCAGAUGCUACGUGAGUAUGAAGAUAGCCGUGGCGUGUAUCGAGGAGCAGAUGCCGUGCAUGCAUCUGGAGCGAAACGCAGACGAAACGAUGAAGCGGAAGGAGAGGUGUAA